UUUGUCUAGAGUACCUAUAUAUAGAGAGUAGCGACAUAGGGGGACCGGAAUUUGAUGGUCACGUGACUCCUGGCGCCAUUUUGUUUCACUCCGCAGCGCAGCGCAACGCACAGCGCUUACCGCGACCGUGAUAUCAAACGAGCUCGAGCUGACAGUCAGUGAUUUAAAGAACACGACAAAAUGACGGGUUGUUGCGCCUUCGGGUGCAGCAAUAAAUCAGAGAAGGGGUACAAGAUGUAUAGGUUCCCCGCAGAUCCACAAAGACGAAAAAUAUGGGAGAACAAAGUGAGCAGAGUGGGGUGGAAACCAACUUCUUCAUCUUGUUUGUGCGAGAUUCACUUCGAUGAAUCACAAUUUGAAAAUGGAAGAGCAGAUGGGAAGAAAAAACUGAAGUGGCAGGCAGUACCAACCAUAUUCUGCCAUCGCAGUGUGCUGAAGCCCAGGCGACCUCUGAAACGCCUUCCCUGUACACCAAACGCUGUUAGUGCUACCAAGAAAUUGUGCGUUUCCUUUGACCAUACCUACUGUAUUAACCCAGCCAACAAAACAACAUCAACUUCAAGUUCAGUUGAAGACACUGCCACAGAAGACGAGAACUACCCCACCACAUCAAGUGUACCACCAAGUAAACCAAGAAUGAAAAUGCAAGGGCGAUCAAGGCCUUGA